CCUACCUUACCGAACCAAAGGCGGCCAGACGACGACAUUCGACGACGGCUACGACAGGGCCAGGGCGCGGCGCAUCGCAAUCAUUUCAUCGGCCAUCAAAUCAGUAUCGCCUGCUAUCCGAUGAGACAUUCAAGAUUCCUUCCAAGUCUUCUGCCAUGAAGUAACCCUCACGGGCAGAGUUUCAUCGCCGGACAUUGAUAUCUCGCGUCUCCGUAGUCAAAGUGACCCAUCGCCACCCACAACCUUUUGAGACCCCUCCAUCGCGGUCGCAUCGCUUUCAGCCGCCACUACCGCACCAAGCCACCUCACCAGGCGCGGAAGCCUACUGACACGAUGGCCGCCAUUUCUGAUUCUAAAAAGAACGACGAGCAGACGAUCAAAGUCGCAUCGAAGAAGGACCCCAAAAACAAGCCCGAUGGCCCUAUCAAGCUUAAGAAACCCGCGCCCAAGUAUAACAAACCUGGAAACUGGAGAGAAGGAAGCAUUGUCGAAGAUAAGAAAUCCAAGAAAGACGAAUCCGCAUCAAUAUCCGUCGCUUCUCCCGGGCCCGUCGUUAAUCCCCUCGAUGACAUCGCGCGCGAAGCCUUCGCUACUGGCCGGCCGCUGGAGGAUACCCCUGACCUACAACAAUGCAAGCACUGCAAGAAGAGCAUCCUCAAAACAGCCGCCAAGGCCCACAUUGCCCAGUGUCUCAAGCUGAAGAAAGAGAAGGCCCAGCGGAAAAAAGAGGCCAGAGAAGCCCGCGAGCGAGCCAAGGAAGCUGCACGUGAAGAGGAAGCUAGAAAGGCAGACGAGGAUCCAGAUGGCAAGGGUGACGAUGACAGCGAUGGCGACGAAGAUGCCGGCGACGGCAAGAAGGCUACCGGUAACAAAACCGCAAAGAAGACUGGGGGGAAGAAGACCGACGGCGAUACCGGCAAGGGCAAGAAGCGCAAAGCGGACGGAGACGCGGAAAAGGGGCCUAAGCAAAAAAAGAAGAAGGAAGAACCAAAGCCAAAGGCCCCUAAACCGAAAGGUCCCGUGGAUGUUGAACGACAAUGUGGUGUUCUGUUGCCCAACGGACAGCCUUGCGCAAGAUCUCUUACGUGUAAGAGUCAUAGCAUGGGUGCAAAACGUGCCGUUGCUGGUAGAUCUCUACCCUACGACAUGCUUCUGGCGGCGUACCAGAAGAAGAACCAGGCCAAACAGCAGAAGGCUGCUCUCGACGCCAAUGCCCCGUUAGAGGACGAAGACGAAGCCAACGCCGGGCCGGUUGAUUCGGACGAAGAAACGGCCGCUGUCAUGAGUGCGCUGGCGCACUGGAAUCCGCAACCCGUGGUGCCGCAACCAGUACUCAUUCCUAUCAAGAGGCAGUAUCAACUCGCUCGACUUCAUGAGCAGCUGCAAAUGGCGACGAACGGCGGAAGGACAAAUAUUUUCAAAGUCAACGGCUUUGGGGCGCAGAGACUGCCACAUGGCCACCCGGGACUUAACGACACGGAGGACGCGCCAGGCGAGCUUGAGGACGUGAACUUUGGAGGCGCCCGCAGGUCUUCCAGCUUCAGCAUCCAAAGCCAUCCCCAGCGACGGCCGUCUGUAACAAGCAGAGGAUAGGGUGGUGAUGGCGUGGGCGCGGGGAAGAAGCUCACCUGUCACGUUCCCCAGACACUUUUGCCAGGCGGGUACAGCGUUGGAUUUUCUUUGUGGAUUGAGGCGGUCUCGUGCAAAUUUUACGACAAGGACGGACGGCGUUAUGAACUUAGGCGGUAUACCAAUUGGUCGCAGCUGGAAAGAAGUUGCUUCUCUCUUUUCCCCCUUCUCUGUUUCUCGAAUUGCUCAUUGGUUUCUGUUUCAGCAGCGGCGUUUGGUGGCAUCUGCACUAGGUCUCUUCCUCGCUGCUACGGAGGGCAAAGUAGCAGCGAAUGUGUGUAUACAUAUGAAGGAUGCGUUUCGGAUGUAAGACGCAAAGGAUGACAAGUCUAAAGAAGAAAAAAAAAACUAGAUCUGCUACUUCCAGUUCACAAAAGCAUGGGAAACAAUAAUGAAGUUCAAUCCCGCGUGCCGUGGCGUAGAGAUGCCAUCC